AUGCCUGUCGGUUUCAGUCUUUGUCUGUCUUUGUCCAUGCAGAUGCUGUCCUCCUGGGCUAUUGGCCUUCUCCUGCUGGCCACCGUCAGAGGGGAAGAAGUCUGCUAUGGGUAUCUUGGUUGCUUCUCUGAUGACAAACCCUGGACAGGGAUCACUCAGCGGCCUUUCAAGACAUUUCCUUCAUCCCCUGAGGACAUUAACACCCGCUUUCUUCUAUACACCAAUGAAAAUCCAAGCAACUAUCAACUGAUCACUGCCACCGACCUAAACACGAUCUAUGCCUCAAACUUCCAAUUGAACCGCAAGACACGCUUCAUUAUCCAUGGCUUCAUAAGCAAGGGGGAGGAUAGCUGGCUGUUGGACAUGUGCAAGAAAAUGUUUCAGGUGGAGGAAGUGAACUGCAUCUGUGUGGAUUGGCAGGGCGGGUCGCGGACCACCUAUACCCAGGCUGUGCACAACACUCGGGUCGUGGGCGCUGAGAUCGCUUUCUUAGUACAAGCGCUGUCGACGCAGCUGGAGUACAGCCCUGAGAACGUGCACCUCAUCGGCCACAGCCUGGGCGCGCACGUGGCGGCGGAGGCCGGCAGGAGGUUGGAAGGCUACUUGGGCAGGAUCACAGGGCUGGAUCCAGCAGAGCCGUGCUUCCAGGGCACACCAGAGUUGGUUCGGCUGGACCCAUCAGAUGCCAUGUUUGUGGAUGUGAUUCACACAGAUGGUGCUCCCAUAAUCCCCAACCUAGGUUUUGGAAUGAGCCAAAAGGUGGGCCACCUGGAUUUCUUUCCAAAUGGAGGAGAGGAAAUGCCUGGAUGUCAGAAAAAUAUCAUCUCAACCAUCAUUGAUAUAAAUGGAAUAUGGGAAGGAACACAGAACUUUAUAGCUUGCAACCACCAACGAAGUCAUGAGUAUUACUCCAGCAGUAUCCUCAACCCUGACGGCUUCCUGGGCUACCCCUGCACCACCUACCAAGAGUUCCAAGAGAAUGGCUGUUUCCCUUGUCCAGCUGAAGGAUGCCCCAAAAUGGGGCACCAUGCUGACCAGUUUAAGGGGAAAACCAAUGCUGUGGAACAAACCUUUUUUCUGAACACAGGAGAUAGUGGUGACUUUACUCGUUGGAGAUAUAAGGUAUCAGUCACACUGUCUGGGGAAAAGAAACAGACAGGGUACAUCAACAUUGCUUUGUAUGGAAGUAAUGGAAACUCAGAACAAUUUCAGAUUUUCAAGGGAUCCCUCACACCAAAUGCAAACCACGUACGUGACAUUGAUGUGGACCUCGAUGUUGGAGAAAUCCAGAAGGUUAAGUUCCUCUGGAACAACAAUGUGAUAGAUCUCUUUGGGUCCAAACUGGGGGCUUCCCAAAUCACUGUACAAAGAGGUGAAGAUGGGACUGAGUUUGUUUUUUGCAGCAGUGACACUGUGAGUGAAGACGUCUUACAGACUCUUUACCCUUGUUAA